CGCUGUUCGAACUUCUCAACCCGAAGCCGCGGCUCUCGCUGUUAAGCCCAUGACAGAAAAGGCGAAUAAAGAGAUCGGCUCCAAGAAAAGGAAUAAAAAAUAUUUUCGAUGCGACCACUGCAAGAAGACAGGACAUACCCGUGAUAGAUGCUUCGAGCUAAUCGGGUACCCACCUGGAUGGCAAUCCAAAAAUCAAGUUAAGGGUAGAGGCAAUGGAGCCGAGAUCGGUAGUCAGCACCAAGGAGGGGUUGCCGUGAAUGCUACUACACCAUUGAAUACAGACAGAAUCUCUUCAAUACCGGAUCUUUCUCCUACACAAUAUCAGCAACUUAUUUUCCUUCUUGGACAAGAUAAGACUCAAAGUGCCGUAAAUUUUGUUGGACCUUGCCACGAGGAAGCUGAUUGGAUUGGGUGAACUCCGGGAUGGUCUUUACUACUUCAAAGGCUUGGCAAUACAUCCUGCACGGACAAAUAAAGUCAAUGUUUCGAUUAAUCUCUGGCAUGCUCGGUUAGGACAUUGCUCUUACAAGCAUUUGAAACUUGUUCCUUUUCUUUCAAAUACUUCUU